AUGGAGGCCAAAGCCAUGGCACCGGAGGUGCGGACGCCUUUCAACCCCAAGCAAGUCGCCUCCGGGGCUUGGCCUCGGACGCAGCUUCUGGAGCCAGGAUCUGUGAUGUCCACGCCGAUUCCGAUGCCAGGACUGGUAGCCAGUGGCAUUGUUCGCACAACCGCGGCUGGCGACAACGGCCAUGUCUAUGUUCGUGGAGGCACGCAAUACUAUUCGCUGUCUCCAACCGCGCGUCCUCCCUCAAAGCACGGGGGAGUGCAGACCGGGUGCUCAAGUGGGAUGGCAGCGAGCCUUCCUACCACCCCGUUGAUCCUGCGCGAGGGAAGGCCUGCGCCAUUGGACUCGGUGGAUAACACAUCCACCGCCCUGGCGACACCCACGAGAGCAUGGUACUCGCCCUCGCGAAUUGAGGACACAUAUGCCGGCUUGGACUGGGCCUGCAAAGCCACUUCGGGAUGCCGCCGGACACCGCCGCCGACACCACCUGCCGCGAUGCGAAGGAUCCUCUCCCGGAGUGCCGCUGAAGAGGGACCCGGACCUGCGGCUGAGCUGGCUCCUGGUAGCUGUCCACAGCCGCUACAGCAGCUGCCGCUUCGGGAGGCACGACCUGCGCAGCCUGCGGGAGGACGAGACCAGCUGCUGGCAGGUGUGUGGGCCUCAAAGCUGCAGGCAGCCGAAGAAGAAAAGCAGGUGCUCUUGAGAAAGCUCGAGGCAGAGAACAGGCGCAACGUGGAGCUCGAGGGCGAGAGGAAGGGGCUGAAAACCUCGCUCGACCGCAUGGAGAAGCUGCUCGCCGACAUGGCCGUUGCAUCACUUCCUCCCCAGGAGGUGCGGGCUCUUUCCCCGCCGUCUCUCAAAGCGUCUUUCACAAUGGCCGCCAGCGAGGCAAGCGCGAGAAGUCGAGCAGGAAGCAGAGACGCCCAGAGUCCGGCAAAGUCGCCGCGGCCAAGCAUCCGCUUCGGAUGGAGUCGAGGCUUCUCAAGUUCGGCACGGGCAAGUCCAAGUCGGAUCAGUCAGAGCUGGAACGAAGGGUCAGCAUUGGGCGACGACUCGAUGUCUGGAAGCUGGGGAAGACGAGACUUUAGCUACUUCCCUUCCGCCAGCCCGCGACGGGAGCCAAAGCUGCAUGCCCUCGCGGGUGAAGCGGGUCGCACCAAGUCUUCGGAGGUUCAUUGGGUUGCCAGUUUUCCAGCUGAUUUGCAAGCGCAGCUCGACUGGAUCUGCGACAUUCUUCAGGACAUUUUACCUUGCUGCUGCGCGCAGGUCAAUCGCGACAGCGAUCGCUACAGCCUGGUGCGGCACUUGCUAGAAGUGUUUGGCAGCUGGGAACGUGUCUGGCUGGAGGCCACAACUCAGCCGGCUGAGUUUGCAGCGAUGGAAGCCUUUACUGUUUCUGGCUCCGGCGAUCUUUGCGAGCCGGUGGACCUCCCUGCAGAACUGUGGUUCAGGCUUUGCGAGGCCGAGAAAGACUUGGCCUUUGCCGUGGAGCGCUGUGAAGCCAUCCGCAGGGAGAAGGAGCGCGGCCGCCACAUUCGCGCCAGGAAGACCGAGGAAGCCGAGGACGACCUAUACUCGGCCAGUUUGCACUUCGUCCAUGUGCAGCGACAUUUGGGAGUCUUCGUGGGGGAGCCCUCGGCAGAGGAGGCCCGCCGGGCACUGGCGCAGAGAGCGGCCGAUGCCGCGGCGACGCUGCUGCAGCUGGGCAGCCGCGUCGGGCUGCCGUCAGAUGUGUGGCGUCGUGUCAUCCGGACGGCCCUUCCACUGCACAGCUUCGGCUUCGAAGAGGGUCCCAAGCUGCGCGUCUCGAGCCUUGGUUCGAUUGAGCUGCUGAAACAGAACUGCGACAUGGAGCAGCAUCGCGAAAAGAAUCAACUGCUGGAACUGUACCUUGCACCCACGGACCUGGAUCAGUCCCUGUCACCUUCUGGUCGCGCCUCGCUCCCAGGAUUCCUCAAUUUGCUUCGGAUUGCAAUGCCGAAGCUAGCGCACGCACCUGAGUGCAGCCUGUGCACAUGCAGCCAUGCUGUCAAUCCCAUUGCGAAGAAAGUACACUUGCGAUAA